AUCUUCCUCUUUCCAAAUUCCAAUUCGACGCUGCAACUCUCUCUCUCUAUCAAUCAAAGAUGCAGAAACCGAGCCCAGAUCCAACGGCGGAGGAAGACUCCCACUCCGCCGUGCGGCGCAUCGAACUGCUGUCCCUCCACCUGACGCCGCUCACAAUAUCACCGGACGACUACCGCCAAAUCGAGCGGUUGGAGUGCGCGAAGGCGGCGGCAGCGAAGCUCAACGUGGAUACGAAGAGCCUCUCGAGCUACAUGAGAGGAAAGCACAGAGAAAUCCAAGACCAGGUGAUGGACUACUUCAACAACAGGCCUGACCUUCAGACUCCGGUGGAGAUUCUGAAAGACGAUCAUCGCGAGCUUUGUAUGAGGCAGCUUACGGGACUGGUCAGGGAGGCCGGGAUCAGGCCGUUCCGGUACGUCGUCGAGGAUCCGGCCAAGUAUUUCGCGAUUCUGGAAGCUGUGGGCAGCGUCGACAUGUCGCUUGGGAUCAAGAUGGGAGUGCAGUACAGUCUAUGGGGAGGUUCUGUGAUCAACUUAGGAACCAAGAAACACAAGGUUAAGUACUUUGAUGGUAUUGACAAUCUGGAGUAUCCAGGUUGCUUUGCUAUGACUGAACUUCAUCAUGGCUCAAAUGUUCAAGGUCUACAAACAAUGGCAACAUUUGAUCCAAUCACAGAUGAGUUUGUAAUUGACACACCAAACGAUGGGGCCAUCAAAUGGUGGAUUGGGAAUGCUGCCGUUCAUGGCAAGUUUGCCACUGUUUUUGCUAAGCUGAUGUUGCCAACACAUGAUAAAAGAGGAGUCUCUGAUAUGGGUGUUCACGCCUUCAUUGUACCAAUACGGGAUAUGAAGACUCAUCAAACUCUUCCUGGAAUUGAGAUAAAUGAUUGUGGCCAUAAGGUUGGUCUGAAUGGGGUGGACAAUGGAGCAUUAAGAUUCCGCUCUGUCAGGAUCCCUCGUGAUAAUCUUCUUAAUCGCUUUGGAGAUGUCUCUCGGGAUGGUAAAUACACAAGUGGCCUACCAUCUAUAAAUAAAAGAUUUGCUGCCACGCUAGGGGAACUUGUUGGUGGGAGGGUUGGACUUGCAUAUUCUUCAGGUAGCGUCUUGAAGAUUGCUGGCACAAUUGCAAUCCGAUAUUCUCUACUGCGUCAGCAGUUUGGUCCUCCAAAGCAACCUGAAGUCAGUAUUCUUGAUUACCAGUCCCAGCAGCACAAGUUGAUGCCAAUGCUUGCUUCAACUUACGCAUUCCAUUUUGCCACACUGCAUUUGGUGGAGAAAUAUUCAGAGAUGAAGAAGACUCAUGAUGAACAAUUGAUUGCAGAUGUCCAUUCUCUUUCAGCAGGGCUCAAGGCUUAUGUAACGUCAUACACAGCCAAGUCGUUGAGUAUCUGUAGGGAAGCCUGUGGAGGCCAUGGUUAUGCUGCUGUCAACCGCUUUGGCAGUUUGAGGAAUGACCAUGACAUUUUUCAGACAUUUGAAGGGGACAACACUGUGCUUCUACAGCAGGUAGCAGGUGAUCUAUUGAAGCAGUACAAGGAAAAGUUUCAAGGCGGGACACUCUCUGUUACCUGGAACUACCUUAGGGAGUCCAUGAACUCAUACCUGUCUCAGCCAAAUCCGGUGACUGCUCGAUGGGAAAGUGAAGACCAUCUGCGAGAUCCUAAGUUCCAGUUGGAUGCUUUCAGAUACCGAACUUCUCGACUACUUCAAAGUGUUGCUGUUAGACUUCGCAAGCACUCUAAACCUCUUGGAAGUUUUGGUGCUUGGAAUAGAUGCUUAAACCACCUCUUAACACUUGCAGAGUCCCAUAUUGAAUCUGUCAUACUUGCCAAGUUUAUAGAAGCUGUGCAGAACUGUCCAGAUGCAAGUUCUCGAGCUGCUCUGAAGCUCGUCAGUGAUCUAUAUGCCUUGGAUCGAAUAUGGAAAGACAUAGGAACCUAUCGUAAUGUUGAUUAUGUUGCACCGAACAAAGCUAAGGCAAUCCACAAGCUCACUGCAUACCUGAGUUUCCGAGUGAGAAAUAUAGCAGGGGAACUCGUAGAUGCAUUUGAUAUUCCAGGUUAUGUUACCCGUGCCCCAAUUGCAAUGCAGUCAGAUGCCUACUCUCAGUACACACAACAUGUGGGAUUUAAUCCCUUAUAGGGAACAAAAUACAAAAAAUAUAGGUUUCAAAUAAUCGUUGGUGCCACAUUGGCAAAACAUGGGAAUGAUGAAGGGAGUACUCCUUUCUUUGUUACCAUACAUGUUUCUUCCUUUUUUCCAAUUAGAAAAGGAAAAUUGGUGGUCUGGGACUUGAGAGUGUGAGGAUUAAAGUCUUCAACUCAUUGUGGAUGUUGUGAUAUAUCUGGGAAGGAAUAGAGUCUUGUUACUUGUAUUUGUUACAUUACGAAGCUGCCAUUCUAAUACAAGGAGCAAUUCUUGCUUCAUACAAGUAUGUCUCUUCGUGUUCCAGUGCUGAUAAAAGAUGUCUAGUUGCUUUUGAAUUCCAGAAGUAGAGAGCCUUUCUGGGUUGUAACUUGUUUGUAGGCAUCGAAGAUGAUAACCAAAAUUUAAACGUUAUGAAACAGUAGAAUGUCCGAAUGUUGAUAUGUGAAGGUGAAGUUGCUUGUGGUUGGAAGUUUGAAGAUUAUAAGAAAAAGUAGGUUGUCAAAGGGAGUUGAAUGAUCUUAACCGGUCUUAACCCUCGUACUCGAAGUGUGAGGAGACUGCUGUUUCAUCGUCAAGGUUUUGCCAGUAAGACAUUUGGUUGGGACUGGUCUUUGCCGGAAAGGGAUUCCCUGACAAUUUAUCUGUCGUCUGUGGUUCUUGCUAACAAUUGCCAAG